AUGACCCUAGUCAGCGCUUUCAUUAUAGCAAAUGUUCCUCAUGCCUACUUACUUGGAGAUUGCAUAGAGUGCAUGGCUUGUUCGGACAACGUCAUUCGGGCAGGAUUGACAACGAAAUUUAAGGACGUCAAUUGUCUCUUAGCCAUGCUUGACUAUACUCCAAGGGCACCAAACAACCUUCUCUUCCCCGGUUUUUCUAUUAAGCCGAACCUUACUGGCGUCGUUAACGAAGCCGAUGUAACCUGGACCCGGUUUGCGCCCGAUAUCGAAGACUUUGCUAUAGACAAACUCUCUCUCAACUUGGUAAAUUUUAUACACUAUUCUACAUAA